UAAUGACUCACCAGGGCCAGAAAAGAAAGAAUGGUUUGUGCUUUGACACUCUGGCUCUGCUUUACUGGAAUGGGUGCUUAGUUGCAUAGGGCUGUUAGGACAAUGACAGAUGAAAAUGAGGAAAGUGUCUGGCUUCUGCUUCUCACAAUACUGUGCCACAAAUGUAUUUCAGAAAGUAGCCAGGCCUUUUGUUGUGUACUUAGGUGAGAUCUGUAGCCAUACAUACUCAGGUGUAAAUUCAGACUAAAAUAAUGUGAAAUAGCAGGAUUUAUCUCAUCAAACAGUUCAGCUUCAUCAUUCUGCUGAAAAUAAUAACAAAAUGUGAUGAUAUCUGCCUGGCAGUUUCUAGCUGGCGUUGUUUGAGCUUCUGCGUGCCCAGUGACAUGCCCAAGACUCAAGUUAGUGUUUCCGAAGGAAUGCCUCACAUCAGCAGGCAUAGCUGGGUUCCACAGGAACUGCAUGUGCAGUCUAGUGUUGAAGGGGCCUCUCUCUCCUUUAGAUUGUGUUGCUACACUUUUCUAAUAGUAGUAACAGUUGUUCUUAAGCCGAUAUCUGCAUGAACAAUGGCAAUGUGGAUUUUCUGUGCAGACGUUUGACAUCCGUCGAACAGCCCAUGUAAGGUCGGAAAAAUUAUUGCUACAGUAAUGAUGAACAAUCUGCCUCAUGCCUUAGAAUAGCUGCACAGGAAUCCAUUUCAACAGGAGGAGUGUGUUUCUAAGCGGUCACUAGGAAAUGAGAUUUUUUUUAUGUUCCUUCCUGAGUCUAACUUGUACACAUAUUUCAUUAGGAAGAUCAUUAAGGAGGAUCUUUGAGAAGGGAAACUGCUGCUUAAGGACAUAUGCUCAGAAAGGACAGAUAGUUUAGACAGCAGUAUUUGUCUAUUGCUCUACCAACAAUUGAGUGCUUCUGUAGCAGCAGAAUCAUAUGAAGUGACUGAUUCAAACAGUAGAGCUCAGAACACAUUUCAUAUUUAAAACCUUGUAAUCUUUUGUUAGUUUAGAAGAGCAAAGCUAAUAUUCUUGAGAGAUGGCUUUAGAAACAUGUGGAAGCUGUUUGAGCUGUCUGCUGGUACCUCUUGCACUUUGGAGUAUUGUUGUUAAUGUCCUUUUAUACUUUCCUAAUGGGGAUGCAUCAUAUGUUGCCAGUUACCAGCAUCCCAACUACGUGUGGUAUUUUGAAGGCAUCUGUUUCUCAGGUGUGAUGAUUCUUCUGUUGGCAGUAAUCCUCAUAGCAUUGGAGUGUAAUGCAUUCUACCGGUGCUGCCAGAGCGAGAGCUGUAACAAAACCUACAGAAGUUUUAUUUCAAUUGUGCUAGCCAUGCUUGGAGUUGCUUUCUCUGGAUACAGUUGCAUCAUUUUUACUUUGGGAUUGAUUCAAGGCCCCUUCUGCAAUUCAUCAAGUGGAUGGGAUUACAUCUUCAAAGAUACUGUUGGAGGGUACCUCACAAAUUAUUCUGCUUGGUCUCAAUGUGCUGAACCUGCUAAUGCUGUGGAAUGGACCAUCAUUUUACUCUCUAUUCUGAUGACUCUUAGUGGACUGCAGUUGAUAAUCUGUUUUCUUAAAGCGGCUGCUGAACUGAAACGUGCACUGUGUGGGACCUAUUCUGUUUUUAUUCAGGUUUGUGGAUGCAGAAUGAAGCUGCACUUGCUAGAAGUUUUGCUGCUUUUUUGCUGUUACCGAACUAGGGCAGUGACCAGGGAGUAUUACAUUGGGAUUAUAGAGACAGCAUGGGACUACGCACCUGGCAAUACUGAUCUUAUAUCUGGACAACAUUUUGCAGAAGAAGAGCAAGCUGAAGUCUUCCUUAAAAGAGGACCACAAAGGAUAGGAAGCAUUUAUAAGAAGGCUGUCUACACUCAGUACACCAAUAUUUUAUAUGACGUGAUAGUUGAGAAACCUUCCUGGCUGGGUUUUUUAGGCCCUAUCAUUAAGGGAGAAGUUGGAGAUUCUAUUGUUAUUCACUUGAAAAACUUUGCUUCCAGAAACUACACACUGCAUCCACAUGGUGUAACAUACACAAAGGAAAAUGAAGGUGCUUUUUAUCCAGACAAUACCAAAGGUUUUGAAAAAAGAGAUGAUGCUGUGAAGCCUGGAGGCCAGUACACUUACACGUGGGAUGUGACAGAAGAUCAAGGUCCUGCUAAGGAAGAUGCAGACUGCAUAACCAGAGUUUACCACUCUCACAUAGAUGCUCCAAGAGAUGUUGCCUCAGGGCUUGUUGGGCCUUUAAUAAUUUGCAAGAAAGGUGCAAUGAAUAAGGACAAUGAUAAAUAUGUUGAUGCUGAAUUUAUCCUUAUGUUCUCUGUGAUGGAUGAAAAUCUCAGUUGGUAUCUAGAGGACAAUAUCAGAACAUACUGUUCUGAGCCUUCCAAAGUUGACAAGGAUGAUGAAGACUUUCAGGAAAGCAAUAAAAUGCACUCAAUUAAUGGGUACAUGUAUGGAUACCUCCCAAAUCUCACAAUGUGUGCUGAAGAUAAGGUAAAAUGGCAUCUUUUUGGCAUGGGUAAUGAAGCUGACAUCCAUUCAGUGUACUUUCAUGGUCAGACCUUAAUAGAGAGGCACCAUCGAGUUGACACCAUUAACCUCUUCCCAGCCACAUUUAUCGAUGCUCUAAUGAUACCAAGGAAUCCCGGGGAAUGGCUGCUGAGCUGCCAAGUGAAUGACCAUGUAGAAGGUGGUAUGCAGGCACUUUUUAAAGUAGAAGAUUGCAGAAAAUCUACAAUAGAUCACAAUGAGACUACAAAGAUAAGACAAUACUUCAUUGCUGCUGAAGAGAUUAUCUGGAAUUAUGGCCCAUCUGCCCUCAACCAUUUUACAGGACAAGAAUUAACUGCUGACAGUGAAUCUUCUGUAUUUUUUGAACAAAGUGAGACGAGAAUUGGUGGCUCUUAUAAAAAAGCCAUUUACAAGGAAUACACAGAUGGUACUUUCACGGCACAUAAAAAAAGGCUCCCAGAGGAAGAACAUCUUGGUCUCUUAGGACCUGUUAUCAAGGCAGAAGUGGAAGAGAGCAUCAGGGUGACUUUCCGAAAUAACGCCAGCCGCCCAUUUAGCAUCCAGCCCCAUGGUGUGAGUUACCAAAAGAGCAACGAGGGAGCAUUGUAUAGAACUGCCUCCAGAGAUACUGAAUCUCCAGCCUCCCAUGUCAGUCCCGGUGCUACGUUUACAUAUGAGUGGAACGUGCCAGAAGAUGUGGGCCCCACAGACCAAGAUCCAGACUGCUUAACUUGGCUUUAUUACUCAGCUGUGGAUUCAGUCAGAGACACCAAUUCCGGCCUUGUGGGUCCUCUUUUGGUGUGCAGGAGAGGAGCUCUGCUUCCUUCUGCAAAACAGAAAAGUGUGACCAGGGAGUUUUUCCUACUUGCCACAGUAUUUGAUGAGAACCUGAGCUGGUACUUGGAUGACAAUAUUUUGAUGUUUGCAUUAAAUCCUAAUGAAAUUGACAAAGACAAUGAGGACUUCCAGGAGUCUAACAAAAUGCACUCCAUCAAUGGUUAUAUGUAUGGAAAUCAACCCGGUCUUGAGAUGUGUAAAGGUGAGGUGAUUUCCUGGCACUUGAUGGGCUUGGGAACGGAAGUCGAUGUUCAUGGGAUAUACUUUUCACAUAACACAUUCAUAACAAAAGGAACAAGAAAGGAUACGGCAAAUCUAUUUCCACAUACAUUUGUUACAGCUAUUAUGAAGCCUGAUUCUGAAGGAAUUUUUGAGGUAUCGUGCCUGACAACAGAUCACUACAGAGGAGGCAUGAAACAGAAAUACAAAGUGAAACCAUGCCACUGGGGGAAUGUGGAUCCAUCCCUGUAUUUGCAUGAGAAGACACACUAUAUUGCUGCCAUAGAAGUUGAAUGGGACUAUUCCCCUAACAGGACGUGGGAAUUUGAGCGGCAUCAAUAUCACGAGGAGAGCCCUGGCAAUCCAUUUUUAAAUAAAGAAGACAAAUUCAUUGGCUCAAAAUACAAAAAAGUAGUGUAUCGUGAGUACACGGAUCACACAUUCAGUACUCCAAAAAGCAGAGCAGAGGAAGAGCAGCACCUUCAAAUUCAAGGGCCGCUGAUUAUGUCAAGUAUUGGAGAUAAAAUUAACAUAGUUUUUAAGAAUCUGGCAUCAAGACCUUAUUCUAUACAUGCCCACGGAGUGAAAACAGACAGUUCUGUUGUUGCUAUAACCAACCCAGGUGAAACUAAAACGUAUGUCUGGAAAAUAUCAGCAAGAUCUAGUUCUGAGAGAGGUGAACUGCAUUGUACAGCAUGGGCAUACCAUUCAACAGUGGACAUCAUUAAGGACACUUACAGUGGACUAAUAGGCACACUUGUUGUGUGUCCUAGACAUUAUCUGCCAUCAUCUCAUACUAGAAAGAAAGUGCAUUUUGCUCUUCUUUUUAUGGUUUUUGAUGAAAAUGAGUCAUGGUAUUUGGAUGAAAACAUUGAAACCUAUUCUGUCAACCCGCACCUUGUUGACAAAGAAAACGAGGAAUUCCUUGAAAGUAACAAAAUGCACGCCAUUAAUGGAAAAGUAUUUGGAAAUUUGCACGGUCUGACUAUGCACGUUGGAGAUGAAGUAAGCUGGUAUUUGAUAGCAAUGGGCAAUGAAGUAGACAUUCACACAACACAUUUCCAUGGCCACAGCUUUAACUAUAAGCAAACAGGAGUUUACCGGGCAGAUGUCUUUGAUCUGUUCCCUGGAACAUUUCAAACAGUGGAAAUGAUCCCACAGAACCCUGGAACAUGGUUAUUGCACUGUCAUGUUACUGACCACAUCCAUGCAGGCAUGGAAGCAAUCUACACAGUGCUCCCAGAGGAAGACAAAUGGUCUUUGUUUCCAAGAUUAUUCAAUCAAUCCAAGUACACAUCCAAAGGCACACCAGAUGUGUGAGAAUGAAAAAAACACAAAACAUUUACUACAGUGAUUCUCCAAGAUCUACUUUCAGUGAAGAAUUGCUUGAAAAGUACUAUCUCCUAGAAUCAUAGAAUCACAAGGUUGGAAAGGACCUACAAGAUCAUCCAGUCCAACUGUCCUCCCAUAACCACUGCCUCCACAAGCCACUAAACCAGAUCUCGUAGCUCCUCAUCCAGACACCUCUUGAACACUGACAGGGAUGGUGACUCCACCAACCUCCCUGAACAGCCAUUCCAGUGCCUGACCACUCUCUGAGAGAAAAAGUUUUUCCUUAUGUCUAAACAAUGGACAACACUAUUUCCUCUUCAUGUGUUUAAGAAGAUUUCAUUUGAUGGAACACAGCUACAGGAGACCACAGGCUGAGGCAGCUGAAUGAGUAUAAUAACUUGUAGUUUUCUUAAAUAAAAAUCACAACUUGCAAGGUAGCCAUGUGUUAGGUGAUACCUAAUGCAUGUUAUUUAACUGCUGGAAAGGCCAAAUGAAAUGUACUUUCCAGAUUUGUGAGGAUUUAUUUGGUUUUAGUUUGUAACUAAUUCUGUGUUUAAAAAAAAUAAUAAAAUUGUUUUAGACUACUAUCUUAGUAACCAUUGCGUGGACAAUUGAAAUUUGGCUGUCAUAUUAAUUAUAGGUUCUUGAAUUGUAGUUUUAUCCAGUAAUGAAUUUAAAGAAAGUAAAUUUAAAAGAUGUAAUGGCUAAUUCAAUAAAUAAGAUAUUUGUGCUUUU